GAGAGAUGUGGAGAGAGAAGAGGAGAGGAAGAUGUAAGGUGCCGCUUCGCUGCUGUAGUUUAAGAAGUCUCGCCAGGGGGACUUAGAAGAGCACUGCUGGUAUAAAUACCCAGCAUAAACAGGAUUAAAAGAGCAACUACUGACUCCAUCAGAGAAGUGUAAAGUGAGAGAGACAGGCAGAGAGAAAGAGAGAGAGACAGAAUAAAGUGUAAGCAUCAGCUUCAGCGGUGUGUCUCCAACGGGAGCUCGGUUUACUACAAAACUCAACUUGGAAGACAAGAGCUGUCACUUUUCAACCGGCUUCAAGUGAACUUUCAGUAUAACGUCAUUCCAUAUCUCUGUCUCUACACAAGAAAAAACCAUAGGCUGAUAUGGAGAAUAUGUAGUGGUGCUGAAGUUCAGUGUGGGAUUCCUCUGCUUUGCUACACUCAGUUCAGGAGCGCUGGGAGACACACAAACACACUUCACGGACUCAAGAGUUCAGCAUCAGAUAAAAGAGCGCAGUCCAAGUGCCAACAUGAGAGGUGAGAGGUGCUGGACGAGGCUCUGAGAGACGGCAUGUGGCUGGGAAAGUGUUGCGCAUUAAAAAUACAGGUCCCCACAAGAGCUUUCUGGUCUCAGCCAGUGCCAUAAAUCGAUAGCUGAGAACUCCGGUUUCUUCAUCAAGAUAUUUCUACUGGGGUACAAACAGAAUGAGAUUCUUGAGCACUUGCUGACCAGAAUCUGCACUCCAGAGAAUACUAUUUUUGUGGAUGUCUGAAGUCUUUUUCGCACUGCGGCUCUGAAAAACAUUGGCAGACUAAAAGAAUAUAUUUAUAUAUAGCUGAUAAUACUGAUAAGUCUUUCAGCUGCCUGUCAAGGAUCCUUUUUUAACGCUUACGCUGACACUUUUUUCACUUCAGAGACUAUUCCUAUCAGCUUUGGUCUGUCUAAAUCAUAGCUAUUUUUAUUCCACUACAUAUUUAGAUAAAAAGUCUCCCACUACAGAACCAUUUGUGUCUUCUUGUCUGAAUAGUUGAGAGCAGAAGGGAGGUUCACGCUUAACAUUUUCCCAUUUUCACAACCUGUCUAAAGUCUGGUGCUAAUCAUGGUUUUUCAUCACCAGUACUGACUUCCAUCUUUUUUUCAUGCAAAGUGAAAUACAUUAGCAUAUUUAUGGGCUGAGAUAUAUCAAAUUGUGUACAGUGUGCUACAUGGAUCUUGCAUUCAGUCAUCAAACGAAGGAACAAAUAUCUUGCGACGUGAAGAAAAUGGAAUAUUCAAGAGCUCUGCGCACUUAAAGACGUGACAUAAGGCAGAACCUGUUAUGUGAUGGAGGAGAAUAUGAGUUAGAUUAACUUCUUUAUGCUUGAAUCUGUGUGUAAUUAGCCAAAAAAAUAUUAAUUUGUGUUAUUGCUUUUAUAUAAAUGACACAUUCGUAAGAACACUAUUAUUGGCCAGAUCAGCCAGGAAGCAUCAGUUGAUGUCAAAUCUCGCAAAAUGGAGAAUUUGGAUGAACUAGAACAUCCAUUGUUGGCUGACAGCCCUAAAAACUCAAGCGAAACAGGCCCCAAUAGCGGUGGACUGUUAAAGGGCAUAUUGGUGAGAAACGAGGAAGACAAAAGACUGCCCCCGCUGGACUGGAGGAAUUAUUGCAGUUCUACAGAUAUUCAACAGCAGCAGCUACUGGAUCCAUGUUCGCUGUCCAGCACACUAGAGAGUUUUUAUCCUCCUACAACCAUCUGGGCCGCUGCUGACUCUCUAGGCAUCCACAGUAAGGACUAUCUGGAAACCACUUUUGUGGACAUUGGCCCUGGUUCACCACUGGAAAGGAAAUUACUGGCAGAGACGAGAGAUGUCCAUAGUGUAUCCUACAGCAUAGAUGAUGGGGAUGACCUCUUGCCAGACUUUGAGGACUCCUCCAGUGAUGACUUCAGUGAUACAGACAGCGAGAGCAACUUUCCCAUCAUGAUCCCUCAAGAUUACCUGGGUCUGGCUUUCUUCUCCAUGCUCUGUUGUUUCUGGCCUCUGGGCAUUGCUGCGUUCUAUCUUUCCCAAAAGACAAACAAAGCGUCAGCACAAGGAGAUUUCCAGGGUGCCAGCGCCGCUUCUCGGCAAGCUCUGUGGCUCUCCAUCCUUUCAAUCGUGUUCGGCAUCAUCACUUACAUCUGUGCCAUCGCUGCCCUGAUCUCCUACCUGUCUGGGAAACCACCUUAAAGACAUUGGUAUCUUCUCUCAAUUCUUCCAGAAAUUCACCUUCCUGGUUCUUAAUCACACACACCGCUGCUCUUUACAUACUCACAUUCAUUUACACCUGUGGAAAAGUACAUUUGACUUGGAGUGACAGUAGCUGUGUAAAGUUUUCUAAAAAUUCAUGGCAGUCAUAUUUGAGUCUGAAGGAGGACAAGAUUCCGAUUUUUUUUUUUGCUGAAAUUGCUUUAUGUGUGUCAAAUUAUGAUUGUGACUAGGGCUGUACGAUAUGUAAAUAUUGUUUCAAACAUGUUUAUAUAAAUUUUUAGGUACAACAAUACCAAUUACUUUAUGAAUAAGUAAAAAAUGAAAACAUGAUAUGAAUAUCCCUGAUUUUCAAUCACAACUAAAAAUAUUACUGUU